AUGGGAGAUCGUGGAAUUAACAUAAAUUCUUUUAAAGAAAAACUCCAGCAUCCUUCAUCUAAAAAACUCUUACUCCCCAUUUUUGCUAGCAAACAAAAAUUGUUUUAAAAAUCCCUAUUUUUGGCCAUCGUGUAAAAUUUUUUUUUAAUAUAAACAUCUUUUAAAUACGCACUAUUAAAAUGAAAUCUCUAGCUAAUUCUAUUAAAUCUUAAACAGCUUGUAUUUUAAGACAUAAAUUUUCUAUUUGAAUUAUAUUUACUUUAAAAUAUUCACAAAUUGAUUUUUAAAUUAAAAAAUUUAUUCACUGAGGAUUUAGACCAAAUCCUCUAGUAUUCCAUAUCCAGCUUCCUCGAAUACCGUCUCACCCCUGAUCUUCCAAGAUCUGAAAAAAGUGCCAGAAUCCAUGCUCUAGUAGAGCAGUUUGAAAAACAGCUAGGAAACUACUCUUGCUGGCGAGGCUCUGAUUGAAGUGAAAUUGAUGAAAGUUCUGAAGCAUUAGAGUACAUAAUAACAAGAGAAAAAUACAAGUAAAAUUUAUUCAGGAUUCUAUUCGAAACAGAACCUCUUGAAAGAAACUUAGACGAGCAGCUCAUGCUAGCUUUCAAUUCAUUUGAAUUUAUAAAACCAAGACACUUAGACAUCCAAAUCCCACCAGAUAAAGAAAUAAUUUUUACCCCAGCAAUUGAACGUAUGUUUUAUAUCAGAUAGAAAUACAAAAUAUCAAUAAAUACACCUCACCACGAGAUAAGUUGGUAUGUAUUUCAAAUUGUUUUAGAAUUAUUAACAGUAGGGCUCUAUAUAGAAAUUAUAUCAAGCAUUAAUGAAGGAAGCGUGGCUCAUGGCGCUGAUGAGUCUUUGCCUAUGUUUGUAUAUGUUGUUUUGAAGUCUAAAACCCCUAAGCUUUUUAGCAAUUAUUAUUAUAUUAAGAGGUUUAGGUAUCCUCCAAGAAUUGAUCAUAGAGAUAAUGUAGAGUUUAGAUGAACUUUUACAAGCAUGAAAAUUGCUUUGAAAUUUAUAUUAGAAUUGAGUGAAAGCAAAUUGAAAUUGGAGACUAAUGAAAAUUAUGAAGAUUUGACAAAAGGGUCAAGAGAAAAGUCGAGGUCUUGCCAGACUUCUCCAAUUCCGCCAGAAAAUCCUGAAGUUGAGCUCGAGCCUAUUUUUAAGCCAAACUAUAAAGGCACAGUUUCAGUUGAUCAUUUUGUGGAAAAUCCAGAAGAUUUAAGACAGUUUAUUGAUGAUUAUUUUGCGCUAUUAGGAUCUAAAUAUCAAAAAUAA